CUCGGUGUCAACGCCAACCUCAACGGUAUCAACGGCCACAUCUCUGCUGGCCCCAUCAACGGCGCAGUGCACGCCAACACCAAGGGCAUUGACGGACAACUCAAUGUCGGCCCCGUGCACAUCGACGGAGAUGUCAGCGCCAAAGGUAUCAAUGCCAAAGUCGAUGGUCCAGUCGACGCCAAUGUGCAU